CGUGACGCAAAACGCGUAACUGCGUCAUCAUUGCGGGCCCCGGAACCUGCCAGCGACGAAGGGGGUCGACUCGUUCCUCGGCACAGCCUGUGAAUUUUCUCUCGUUUCAUCAGAAAACAACGAUAAAGGCAGCGGAUAGCAGCGGUUUGGAUGUGUCUAUAAGGUACUUUCUGUCUCUGAGGUCCAGCAGUGAAGUCGGUUGCCAUGGCGUCUCCAGGGGGACAAGGAGGAGGAGGAGCUCUGUCGACGAGAGGAGGCGGCGGGGCCCGCAGGAUGAAGUGGGCUCUGGAGCUGAGUUUGGGCAACACAAGGAGUCGUGGUGACCGGCAGGGCGGUCAGGGAGACGUCGUUUAUCCCAUCGGCUACUCUGAGAAACCCGUCCCCGACACCAGCAUCCAGGAGACGGACAAGAACCUGGUGGAGAAGCGCUGCUGGGACGUGGCCCUCGGGCCCCUAAAACAGAUCCCCAUGAACCUGUUCAUCAUGUACAUGUCGGGCAACACCAUCUCCAUCUUCCCCAUCAUGAUGGUCUGCAUGAUGGCCUGGAGGCCCAUACAGGCUCUUAUGUCCAUGUCUGCCACCUUCAAGCUGUUGGAGAGCUCCAGUCAGCAGUGGCUUCAGGGCCUUGUCUACCUGAUCGGUAACCUCCUGGGCUCAGCGCUGGCCAUCUACAAGUGUCAGUCGAUGGGACUGCUCCCUACGCACUCGUCUGAUUGGCUGGCUUUCAUAGACCCGCCUCAGAGGAUGGAGAUCAUGGGCGGAGGGAUGGUGUUGUGAAGAGAGCGGACCCCGCACACAAAGUUUAGAUAUUUACAGAGGUUUAUAUACUGUUCAUUCUCCACCUGCGCCAGACGACCGGUUACAGCUGGCAUGGAACAAAAACAUCUUGUCUAAAUCAGAUUCGACCUUCUACAGCUUCAGUUAGCAACAGGCGAGAUCUUUGUUACACACACACACAUUUACCUGCUGCUAAUAACAGAAGUUUAUCUACAACUCCCACAGUGAGAGUGUGUGUAUUUUCCUCUCUUCAUUUUCCUUUUUCUCUCAGUUUGUAGUGAAAAUGCUUCAUUUUGUUAACAUGACUUCAGCAUGCCAGCCAGCAACAUUUACCAACUCAAUUAACUUAUAGGUCUGUUUUAAUUUUUACUGAUUCAAUUAUGAAAAUGUUCUAUGAAAUAAAUCCUUAUUGGUUGAAGUAAAAUGUCUUGAGCUGUGUCAAUAAAUGCAUCGGACGAAAAAAAAGACCUGAUCUGGGAAGUCGUAUUAUGUUUUAAAUGACCUUCAUUGUCGGCAAUGAAAGAGCUGCUCAGUGUUUAUGGUCUGCAAACCAUUAUUUAGUAACACACACACACACAGACAUGAUGUGAUUGAUAAAGAAGCCGAGCUGCCAGCAGAUUAAAUCAUCGGAUUUAAUUGUUUGUUGUCCAACCACUGCAAUCUGUCAGAUUAUUUUAAUGUUUGUUAUUUUGAUGAAAUUUCUGUCUAAAGUAGAGAAAAGCCAGGAUCACUGCCGGCUAAAUGUGUCUGCUGAAUAAAACCUUUGUUAUGUUAAUGA